UGUUUACUUCCGGGUUUGUAAUACUGAAGGGAGAACGUGAGCAGGGCAGGCCAGAAAGUGGAGAUCAGGUACCUUCCAGAGAGUGAGAACCCGGCGCCCCUCUCCCGCUCCCCACUGGCUUUCAUCUCCGCUAUGGCUGAGCUGAUCCAGAAGAAGCUUCAGGGAGAGGUGGAGAAAUAUCAACAGCUCCAGAAGGACUUAAGUAAAUCCAUGUCAGGGAGGCAGAAGCUUGAGGCACAACUAACAGAAAAUAAUAUCGUGAAGGAGGAACUGGCCCUGCUGGAUGGGUCCAACGUGGUCUUUAAACUUCUGGGUCCCGUGCUGGUCAAACAGGAGCUGGGGGAGGCUCGGGCCACAGUGGGAAAGAGGCUGGACUAUAUCACAGCUGAAAUUAAGCGAUAUGAAUCCCAGCUCCAGGACCUCGAACGGCAGUCAGAGCAACAGAGGGAGACCCUUGCUCAGCUGCAGCAGGAGUUCCAGAGGGCCCAGGCAGCAAAGGCAGGGGCUCCUGGGAAGGCCUGACCCCAUGGUGCGGGGAGGGAGGGAGGGAAACAAGGCAGCUCUAGGGU